AUUCUUCUUUUCCAGUUAUUAACUUAUGUCUGAAUCAGAUCUCCUCUGCAUCUUCUCCUUUCUGGUGCUGUUAAUUUGCAUUCUUUCAGUCUAUCUAUCACUAUCCCAUUCUAGUUUUCCAACUCCUUUUUGAUUAUUUUGUUGCUCUACCUACGUCUACACUACAUGCUUUACUAGUUCAAGAAUUUUAAAAUUUAAAUAAGUAGAUAAUGGAGUUGUUAGAGUAUGAAAAGGAGAUAUUUGUGGAGUCAUUCAUGAACGAUGGACUUCUUGUUAUGGCCAGAGGUUUGGGUAUCGAUCGUAUAUUUGUUUCUCUGCUGAAAGUUUAUAGCGAGCCAACAAAUCUGGUUCUCGUGCUCAAUACAACUCCUUUUGAAGAGGAUUAUUUUAGGAGCUUACUUGAAAAAACGGAUGCCACAUUAAUGCCCAAAACUAUAAAUGCAGAUACUGGUACGGCUGACAGACAGAAAAUAUAUCUGGAGGGUGGUGUGUUAUUUGUGACAACGAGAAUAUUAGUGGUGGACAUGUUGGUCAGCAGAAUCUCCAUAGACCUCAUCAGUGGCAUAUUGGUGUACAGGGCACACAGGGUUAUUGAUUCAUGCCAGGAAGCAUUCAUUCUCAGAAUGUUCAGACAGAAAAAUAAGACAGGUUUCAUAAAAGCAUUCUCAGAAAACUCUCCAAGUUUUGUUCAUGGGUUCUGCCAGAUUGAGAGGGUCAUGAAGAGUCUUUACCUCAAAAAUUUAUUUCUUUGGCCUCGUUUUAGGACUUCUGUUUUUGAUUGCUUUGAAAAGUUCAAGAUAGAUGUGGUUGAACUGCACGUUCCUAUGACCGAGUUGAUGGUUGAAUGUCAGAGCUGUCUGGUUAAUCUGAUCGAUGCAUGCAUUAAGGAGAUCAAGAGGAGUCAUGCUAUACUUGACGUUGAAGAACUGAGUGUGGAAUUUGCUCUGACGAAAAGUUUCGAUAAGGCCAUCAGGUUGAAUCUCGAUCCAAUCUGGCAUCAGCUGAGUUCCAAGACCAAACAAAUUGUUGCAGAUCUGAGAAUGUUGAGAAUGCUUCUUGAGGAUCUCAUACAAUAUGAUUGUGUACACUUCAGCAACCAAAUUGAUUCAAUCAAAAUCAAUGAAAAAAACUUCAAUUCAAAUGUUGGCUGGCUGUUCACAACAUCAGCUGAGAAGUUGUUCACUGUGAUUAGUUCAUUUUUUAUACACCAUGCCAAAGAUCGUCUGGGAUUGAAAAAAACCUCGAAGAGUAACACGCUCGACGUCGAGCUCACUCCAGAGCUCAGUCCAAAACUGAUUGCACUGCUGGAAGUUCUCGAUGAAGUCAGACAGAAGUUUGAAGAAUUUAAAGAGGGCAAGGGUGGAGAAUUAUUGAAGGCGUGCUCUAUUGAGAAGGUCAAGGUUCUUGUUCUGGCAUUGGACAAGAGGACUUGUAAUCAAAUUACUCGGUACAUUCAAGACCCAAGUGAGUAUCUAGAGAGGUUGAAAGAUAAUUAUUCGAACAUAAAACUGACUCUGAAGCAAUUCCAGGUUAGUUUUGGAAUCCAGCCUGAUAAACCACCUGACAAAAAGAUUAAAAAGGCGCCAACAAAAAAAGUCCAGGAAACAUCAACGACAACAAAAACAACGACAACUACUACGAAAGCAGUAGCAGCAGCAACACCAUUAUUACAAACAGACAACAGUAACUCGAUAGCAGCCUCACUAUCGACAACAACCGACCGCCUGACGUCAGCGAGCAGCACCAUCCUCAUCCAUCCUCUCACCAAUCAGGAAGAUCCAAACGAACUUCGAAGACUCCUCCUUCUGGAAAAACCUCACUUCAUCAUCCUCUAUGACGCCCAAGUCACGGCCGUCAGAGAGAUUGAAGUGUAUAGGGCGACGCAUGCAGUCGAAAAUGGUGUCUGUACACUCAUGAAAGUUUACUUUCUGAUGUAUGCCGGCUCUACCGAAGAGCAGAGAUAUUUAACAGAGUUGAAGAGAGAAAAAGAUGCCUUUGAAAGUCUCAUCAAGCAGAAAGCCACGAUGGUGAUCCCUGAAGAGCGGGAAGGCAAGUUAGAAGAAGACAAAAGUCAGUCAAAUCAACCGACAAAUCAGAGUUCUCGGAAAGGUGGCCUGGUCAAUUCUGACCAAUCGCAACAGCCGAAGGUGGUUGCCGACAUGAGAGAGUUCAGAUGUGAGCUACCAUCAUUACUUCAUAUGAGAGGCAUGUCUAUUGAACCAAUCACACUGGAGGUAGGCGACUACAUCAUAACGCCAGACAUGUGCAUAGAGAGGAAGAGUUUGUACGAUCUCGUCAGUUCACUGAGCAGUGGAAGGUUAUAUAACCAGUGUUUAGCGAUGUGUAGAACAUACAAGAGACCGAUCCUACUUGUCGAGUUCAGCCCCAAUAAACCAUUUACUUUGCAGGACAAGUAUCCCAUGUCCAACGAGAUUAAUUCAAAUGACGUCAUGUCUAAGCUGGCCCUGCUCACCAUCCACUUCCCCAAAUUGAGAAUCCUCUGGACGCAGAGUCCACAUGACACGGCUGAACUUAUUGAAGAGUUGAAGCUUGGGAGAGAGCAACCAAACGCUGAAGAUGCCGCCUCGGUUACUGCAUCAUCCGAACGUGGUUGCGAGGAUGAAGCUGUCAUCAGUUUUGAUAAAUAUAACUCCACGCCACAGGACAUGCUAUCGAAGAUGCCAGGAGUAAAUAAGAAGAACCUAAACAUGGUGAUGAACAAGGUGGAGAACAUUGUUCAGCUAUCUCGGAUGAACAUCGACGAACUGACUGAAGUCAUGGCAAACAGUUCACAGGCAACCCUACUCCAUCAGUUCCUCAACACAAAUUUAAAUGCAACUGUCGAUGAUGGUUGUGGCGGUGAGGGAGAUGAUGUUGGUCGUUCAAAGGACGGACUUUUGAAAGAUGGUGAGGAUGGUGCUUGUGGUUCGAUGCAAGAAUUAAAGAGAAGAACGAAUGGGGGGAAAGAAAUAAUUCCCGGUAACAAAAAUUUCAAACAGAAAAAACGUUUCCCUCUUACUAAAAAAACGUGAAUGCUGUAAAAAUUUGUACAUAUUUGUGAUUUUUUUUUUCAUUUUUAUAUAACGGUUUGUUUUGUAUUUUCUCGUCACAUUGCAUGCACUUCUUUUGUUUUGUUGAUGAAUCGUCGCACGUAAAUUAUGAAGCGUUACCGCAAAAAAUAAAAUUGUUACAAAA